AUGAGCGGCAAAACCUCGAUCGACUCGCAAGCCGAUAUGGUGGUACUUCGCCUAAUAUUGGUAAGCGGCAAAACGCACGAGUUCUCAUUUCAUCUGCUCGCCUCGGCAUCCGACGUCACACAAUUCGUGUUCGAUCAAUGGCCCGAAGAUUGGGCCGACGACAAAGUCGAAAGCGCGUCGAUGCUCAAAUUGAUCUACCACGGCCGAUUUCUGCACGGCUCGGUGACACUUCACGCGCUUCAACUCCAGGCCGGCAAGACGACCGUCAUGCAUUUGGUGACGCGCGAGAAUCUGCCGGAGCCCAAUUCGAGCGAAACGCUCACAAAACGGAAAAGUGCAAAUUGUUGCCGGUGUGUUCUUUCGUGA